GCCUCUCUUUCUUACGAUGCUGCUAUGCUCUUCUGGAGAACGAUUACACAAAUCUUCUUCAGAGAGGUUCGGCCAAGGGGUGCCUUCAACAUUCCUAGAGAUGGUCCUGUUAUCUUUGUUGGCGCACCUCACAAUAAUCAGUUUCUGGACCCCCUGCUUCUGAGCCUAGAGGUCUACCGCGAGACGCACAGGAAAGUCCAGUUUCUCGCUGCGGCAAAAAGCAUGGAAAGAAAGGCCGUUGGCUUUCUGAUUCGCAUGAUGGAUAGCAUUCCGGUCGCUCGUGCAGCAGAUUCGGCAACACCUGGGAAGGGCAGGGUCUGGCUUUCUCCGGAUGACCCAUGUCUAGUAUUCGGUGAAGGGACAUCCUUCACGACGGAAUUCCCACCCCGAACUCAAAUCAUGUUACCCAAGUCGGUCAAUUCGGCGGUCGCUGAAGUUAGCGAGGUACUUUCUGAUACAGAGAUGAAAAUCAAACGGGAGUUUGGUGGAGAGAGCGGAAAGGGGACAACUCGUAUAAGAGAAAAACUUUCUGAGAUGCGUCGCGAGGGCGUCAAUGGCUUGGAAUACAAGAAAUUGCCAUAUGUCGACCAACAGGAGAUGUACCGUCAUGUGUACCAGUGUCUAACAAAGGGAGGAAGUAUUGGAAUCUUUCCUGAAGGCGGCAGCCACGACCGAACAGACCUUCUGCCCCUCAAAGCUGGCGUGUCUAUUAUGGCGCUGGGCGCAAUGGCAAAUGAUCCAAAUGUCCGUGUGAAGAUAGUUCCAGUCGGGCUCUCAUACUUUCACGCACAUCGUUUUCGUUCAAGAGCUGUAGUUGAGUUUGGAACUGCCUUGGAUGUUCCAUCAGAAUAUGUCGAAAUGUUCAAAAAAGGGGGCGCGCUGAAAAGAGAGGCCGUUGCGAAGUUCCUCGAUCUCAUAUAUGAUGGCCUCAAGACAGUGACAAUCCGCGCACCUGAUUACGACACUCUAAUGCUCAUCCAAGCAGUUCGUCGAUUGUACAAAACCCCAGGACAGCAUUUAACUCUGGGCCAAGUUGUGGAAUUGAAUAGACGUCUCCUGGAAGGAUACGUCCAUUUCAAAGACGAACCUCGCGUACAAAAUCUACGAAAGGAUGUUCUCAAAUACAACCGACUUGUAAGGAAUUUGGGUCUCCGUGAUCAUCAAGUUCCUCGAGCCCAAAAGGCUAGCUGGAAAACUCUCGGCUUGCUGACGUAUCGGAUUGGGCUCCUCAUCGUUUGGACAAUUCUCGCUCUGCCUGGAACCAUCUUGAAUGGACCUAUGUUCAUUCUUGCAUCCAUAAUCUCUCGUCGGAAGCAAAAAGAGGCCCUCGCCGGUUCUGUCGUGAAGAUCGCUGGACGAGACGUAUUAGCCACUUGGAAAGUGCUGAUUGCAUUAGGUGUGACACCUCUUUUGUAUGCGUUCUAUGCAAUACUCGCCACCAUGGUUGCCAUACGAGCAAAAGCCCCCCUCAAGUGGAGAAUCUGGACCCCUUUUUUGGUCACCAUUUCCCUACCAUUUAUGAACUACGCCGCCCUUAAAUUUGGUGAAGCCGGAAUGGACGUUCUUAAAUCACUACCUCCCCUCAUCAUAGCUUUGAUACCCGGGCAACAGCGUUCACUCAACAAGAUCAAAACCAUGAGAGUCCAGCUAUCCAAUGAAGUUGCUAGCUUGAUCAACGAUUUUGGCCCUCGUAUAUAUGAAGAUUUUAACGAGGCGAGAAUACUUGUCCCAUCUGCUAGCGUUCCUCCAUCAAGUGGUGCUUCGGGUCUGUGGAGGAGGAAAAGCAGCACCGGUGCGGUAGACGCUCAAGGACUUGGGUUAACACACCCAAUGACAUGGAUCGACGAACGUCUCUUUGGUUGGACUAAAAGUGCUAAACGGGGAACUAGUGCUUGGGGUGGAUUCUCAGGCGACGAGGUAAGCCGGGUAGGGACGCCUGAUGAAACG